CACACUUAGCUACACACUGGCUGUUUAGAGUGAGAGUGAGACGACAUCUAAGCUCGCUCUGUGUACCCCACUUCUCUCAACUACUCGUCGAUUCUUUGUGACCGUCUUUGAGGUUCGGACACUGGCCUAUGAUUUACCCCUAUUUUGGGCAUCAAAUGACAGAAGAGGAGGAAAAAUAGAAAAAGGAGUAAACAACAUGGAGAACAAUGGGCAUAGUUCAACAAGCACAGGGUUUGAGUCUCUCUUCAUCCAGGAGGAGGACGAACAACAGGAGAGAGCAAGGGUGGAUGAAAGAAGGGGGUUUGACCAUCUGGCCCAAUCUACAAUGGGACACAUAGAAACACAUUUAUCACAGGCAGUUCAAAUACAUCCAUACCUAUGGGAGAUGGAUGAAUUGCUGAAGAGUUGCGAGGAUCUUGCUGGUGUACCACUGAGCUCCCAAUUCUCACCCAGUUACACGGACACAUGUCUUAAAGACGUACAAUUGAAGGAGUUGAGCGAUUGCUCCUCAGACAGAUACAGAGACACAAGCACAUCUCAACAGAAGAGCUUGUGCACUACCUACAUUGACACGCGAGUAGAGGUAGCUGACACAGGUCAGCUGACACAAGCCUGUCAUGAGGCCUCCUCCAUCAUGAACGCCAGCUGUGAAACAGCGACAGACCUCUCACCAGCAGAUGGAUCCCUGACCGCGGUGGGCAAUGCACUCAGUGACACUAUGACAGAGUACCAGGGUCAACUGAUGGGGAUGCUGGCCAUGCUGGAUAACUGUAUGGAAGACUCGGGAAUCGACCAGGGGUCUGGCAUGGACUUUGCAUCACAGGAGUGUUUCUCUUCGAAUACAAACCAUGAAUACAUACAAAUAAGUUCUCCGAGGUGUGACGAGUACGCGGCCGUGGAAAAAAGAAUGGCCGCUGCAUCAGAGAUGGCUACACUAAAGUCAUGCGGUGGCCAUAGUGCCGACCCAGGAAUCACAGAAGUUCAAUACAGUUCUGUUACACCAGGCAAACCCGUAGUCAGGCAUGUUGAGAUGGAGAGUACCACAGUGCAAAGACAGGAACAUUCGGGUACUGUAAUGUCUGAGACUUCAGUUCAGGAAAAUCGAUUAUGUUGCUCGGGUCCAAAGAUUCCAACGGCGAUGGAAGCACAAAAUGGAUCCCCCAACUCCGAUGAGUCUUGCAUACAAAACAACCGUGAUGACAAAUGGAGUCCAACAGGAGGGGAUGAUGUCGGGCUUUUGUGUGAUGGAGAAGGACUAGAGGUAGGGAUCGACUUGACUUGCCAGAGGUCUUCCACAGAGGAACUGGCCACUGUAGGGUGUCAGAUGGAGAAGUUAAUAGAGGAGGUAGAAGGCCAUGAGAGGCUGAGGGGGGCGCUGCUGGAUGAGGUGCUGGCACUGAGGAGGAAGAGCGAGGAGCAGGGAGACGUAGAGGGUACCACAACGGAGCGCCAGGAGAGAGACGAAUCAGAGGAGACGAUUGAGAGGAAAGCAGCGGCGCUACUGGAGGAGCUGAAGAAGGAAGAGCAGAAGAGAAGGGCAGAGAGCCAGAGGGAUACGCUGGCCCUGAGAGAGCAGCGGGCGGAAGUAGAGAGGAGCGUGUGGAAGAUGAACCUGGAGAGACAGGGGCUGCAGGAGGAGACCUGGAGGUUGAAGAGGAAGCUGUUCACAGAGGCUAGGAACCGUGCACACAGUGUGGCUGCCCUGACCAACCAGCAACGCGGGGUAGAGCGGUUUAAGAUCGAGGAGGAAACGUUGCAGUCCCUUGUGGUUCAGCUGACUGAGGAGUGCAGCCGACUCCGCCCUGCUCAGCAAGAGAAGCUCUCCACACUACAGGCCACACUGCAAGCACAAAACUGCAGACAGACCUCCAGUACCGUGGAGGAGCUGACUGAGUGCAAGAGGCACUCAUGUGGGGACAUCCAGCAGUAUCUGCAGGGAGGCCAGAAGGCCCUGGAGGAGAGGUAUGAGCCUAUGCUGAAGGCACUGUUGAAGAGAAGGGAGACAACAGCCAGUGCCCUCAGUAAAGCCAGAGAGCAGGUCCAGGAGCUCAGGGGCCAGCUGAGGCCCUUGGUGGAAGAGGGCCACAGACUGGGGUUGCAGAAGGUCUGUCUGGAGGAGAGGUUGGAACUGAUGCAGAAGCAGAGGCAAGAGGACAUCAAGCAGUACAAGGACAUUGUAUUGAGCCUUGAGGACAGCAGCUGGGAGAUACAGACAGAGCUUAAAAUUCAGAAGAGAAAAACCAAAGAAACAGCGGAGAUGAAAGAGAACCUUGCCAAUAAACUUAUGCUUUACAGAGCUGCUGUGGAGGAUAGGAAGAAAACAUGAACAUUUGUAUUCAAGAUUUGCAAAAAGAUAUCUUCGACCAUAAUAUCCUUCUUUCACCAGGGUUGCCAGUUAAGAUGAUUUUGUGAUAAAACUGAAUCCAUCAACCUUACAGAUCCCUUUCUAGAUGCGACACACCUGGUAUGUAGAUCACUGGUUUAUCAAGCCAUAAAGAGUGGAUAUAGUUAACAGAGCAGUCACUUGAAAGGGUGUUUUUAUGAAUAAAGAGUUGUAUGCUUUCAUUGUAA